AACACCACGCAGCCUCCCUCGCAACAUCCGAGAUAGAGCAUCAUUGCGCUUCGGGCUGGGAUCGACGAAUAGUGAAGUGAAGACAGCCCUAGGUUAAAAACAUAUAGGAGCUUGUUUAUGGAAAUAUUUGUGUUAAUAUCGACGAUUUGAUCGUUGCUCGUUCUCUAUGGAUAUAAAAUAGGCACUUGGAAGCCUUGUAUUCUUGUUAAUCUGUUCCUUUUAUCCGGGGCUGUCAGGGGCGCAUCCUGCGCCGAUUCUCAAAAUGGCUGAGAUUACUGAAUUACGACCCACAUAUGACAUGUCGCCGGUGCUGGCCGGCUUCAUCGGAGCCGGGGUCCUGGUCAUCGCUGUGGUGAUGCUGGUCCUCUUGUGGACCUUCUGCCAGCGCCGCUAUCUCCGGGCGUCGGGCCGCUACAAGCUCCACGGCGACCGCUACUGCGACUCGGCCGAGGACCCCCCCUACAAGUUCAUCCACAUGCUCAAGGGCAUCAGCAUCUACCCGGAAUCCCUCAGCAGCAGCAAGAGGAUAGUCCGGGUGGCGCGGCGGGCCGGGUGGCAAGGGAAUCGCGACCGGGAGAGGGGCGCCGGCGGCCGCGGGAUGGUCCUGGUGGACGCUGAGAACAACGUCCUGGACGCCCCGCCGCAGCUCCAGAUGAGCCACCUGGUGCCCCCUGCUGGUCAGCCCCAGGUGGAGCGAGCUCUGCCCGUCCGCGCCGACUACUGCUGCCUGGAGAGCAGCUCGGCCAGCAGCAGCGAGAACAGCAGCAAGACCGUGUCGCCGUUCACCCCCCCCGCCGCCGCCGAACCCGAGCCCGAGGUCAACCUGGGCACGCUCAGUCUAGCUGUGGACUACAACUUCCCCAAGAAGGCCCUGGUGGUGACCAUCGUGGGCGCGCAGGGCCUCCCCACCGUGGACGAGCAGGCGGGCAGCUCCGACCCGUACGUGAAGAUGACCAUCAUGCCGGAGAAGAAGCACCGCGUCAAGACCAGGGUGCUGAGGAAGACCCUGGAGCCCGUGUUCGACGAGACCUUCACCUUCUACGGCGUGGCUUACAGCGCCCUGCCUGAGCUCACACUCCACUUCCUGGUGCUCAGCUUCGACCGCUUUGCCCGCGAUGACGUCAUCGGGGAGGCGGUGGUGCCCAUGGCGGGCUUGGACCCCAGCACGGGCCGGGUGCACAUCACCCAGAAGAUCAGCAAGAGGAAUGUGCAGUGUGAGAGCCGUGGGGAGCUGCUGGUCUCUCUGUCCUACCAGCCGGUCUCCCACCGCCUCAGCGUGGUGGUCCUGAAGGCCAGACACCUGCCCAAGAUGGACAUCACCGGUCUCUCUGGAAACCCCUACGUGAAAGUCAACGUGUUCUACGGCCGCAAGCGCAUCGCCAAGAAGAAGACGCACGUGAAGAAGUGCACCCUCAACCCCGUCUUCAACGAGUCCUUCAUCUACGACGUCCCGCCCGAGCUCCUGCCCGAGAUCUCCGUGGAGUUCGUGGUGGUCGACUUUGACCGCACCACCAAGAACGAGGUGCUGGGCCACCUGCCCCUGGGCCUGCACAGCCCUUGUGUCUCCGGAGCCACCCACUGGCGAGAGGUCUGCGAAAACCCUCGCCGGCAGAUCUCCAAGUGGCACAACCUCAGUGAAUACUAGUGUUCCCCCCCCCUCCCUCCCCCCCCCCCAUGUUCACACUCUCCACACGCACCUGUAGACCAGCGGUGUUACUCGUGCACACGUGGGGCGGUGGCAACAGGGACAUCUGGCUGAGAGAGCGCUGAGAGCUUCUCCUCCUGCUACACGUUCUCCUCUGUAAAAACACACGGCAACAAGUUGAAAAACAUUCCUAGUGGGACUUGUACAGUGGACUUUCCAGUGGUAACAACGAGUGAGGUCAAUAAUAGAAUUGAGUCAAAGUUACAAAUGAAUUGAUUUACGCUCACACGCAAACACACAUACACACAAAUAUACAUACACACGGCAAAAAUGACAGCUGAAAGAUGCACAAACUUACAAAGCUAAUGAACGUAAUUAGAAGAAAAAAAAUGGUUAUAGACCAAAAUAGGAUCAUAAUUACACACUCAAGACUGUUAUGAAUUCGAAAUUGUCAUGGGGAGGAGAAGGAUGCAACCUACGCAGAAUAAAAAAAACAUUUUCCAUCCUCCCGUUGCAAUUGUUGUCAAGCGCAUGUGUGUCUGAAAAAAGAAACUAAUAUCACCAAAUCAACUCAAGGAUCUAGAGGUAAAUUGCUGGCAUUCAUCCUUAGAAAUCCUCACUUCUUCCUUUGAAAAGGAAGAUGUUUUCAACGGUUCCCUAUUGCUUUCCCUCUUUCAUUAAGGACCAAAAGGGACAUAUUGAAAUUCCUCGCCAGUGAGUCAUUUGAAGUAACUCAAAACCAUGUCAUAAUGUUUUCGAGAAGAAUUGCAACUGUACUACAAUUGAUGACAUUUACAUACAGUAUCUGGCAUGCUCUCCACCUUACAUGUGAAUCUUUUAAAUCCAUCGGGCUGCUUGAAAAAAAGAUAAAUGUGGUUUCACUGCUAAGAAUGGUCAUGCAAAGUGAAAUAGUGUUUGGAUUGAAAUUAUACUGUAACUCACAACAUCCACUACAUGAAGAGUUAAACCAUGAAAGGUGCACAUACAAUGACAUGAAAUAUGACACCUUGCCCAUUCAAAGACAUUGAUAUCUAAGUGCAUUUAACUGUUUAAAGUGGCAGCGGCAAAUAACUACGGUAUCCCACAGCAACAGAUUUCUUAAAAUUCCUGAAUGCUAAUUAGCAGCUUGUAGUGGCAGGAAAUAUUUCAGGAAAGUCACUGAUAUUAUUGUAAAAUAUUCUUUUGACAUGAACAAUUGUGAGAGGUUGUCUAAAGUUACUGUACUCAAUUGUAGCCUUUGCUGACAUGCAUUUCUUAUUCUAUGUCAUAUGUUUUGGAUUAUGAUGACAAGGCACAAACUGUAAUAUACCAUUAGUAUAACGUAACUAUAAUAUUGGAGGUAAACGUUUUCUCUCUCGCUCUCUCUUUACCAAAUAAUGUACAUAUCUGAUUCUUGUAAAGAAAAUUGAUGUAUUUCAAUGUUCUCUACUCUGACAUGCAGAAGUAAACUGUUGAAAAGAAAAAUGGAAUAGAAGAUGGUACUAUAUUGGCACGAUCAAUGUUGCAAUCUGUUAUUCUGAAACCACUUAACUUGAGUGUUAAUUGCUAUUGCUACUUCGGUUCAUUCUAAUAAUAUAGGCUACUGUACAUAGGACAUGCAAAAGGCAUUUUGCUGAGCAAGAUUUAACAUUACCUGCUGAAAACCCUCACUGAAUGGUGCUCAGAAGUUCUGUUGCGCAACAGGUCACAGUUAUUUUUGCCGAUUGUUAUGAAUUCAGUGUCAACCCAUAGUGGAUGUCAAUAAAAAGAUAGAAGGCAGAAAGGGAACUCAAAUCAGACAGAUUAGGUACAGCAUGCUGUUGAGUGAUGCACAAUACGAUAAUGUGGAGUCAAAGGCCAGUGCUUAGAAUAGUGAGUGUUACGUGCUGUAGCAGGGAUAGGGACAGGUUAUGGACAGUGGGGGACUGCUUGGCCAUGCUCAGAAGCAGAAGGGGAAGACACAGGUGGGCAAACACUGCCUACCUGCGUAGCUUUGCUAAACUGAUGGAGAAUCUGAUGGAUAGCUCUCUAGCCCAAGCAAACGCCCAAUGGAACUUUCCGGAACGGCUCUUUUCUUUCCAUGUGAACUCUCGAUAUUUCACCCACCCUCCUCUCCCUUUCUUGUGGUUGUUUAUCCUUGUUUCCUUUCAUCACCCUAUUUGAACUCCCUGAGAAAAAAAUGUCAGAUGACUAAAAUUGCCCAGACAAGUACAACACAGUCUAAUUGACUUUGCGCUUCGACUUCUUAACUGGUGUGCCAUAAAUGUCAUUAUGGCCGCCGGAGCUACAGAGAGCUGUUCGAGGCUGUAGCAUUUAAUGCAGUGCAGUGUGAAAGAUUGGCUGUCAGAAACUGGACGGAAUGAAGUGAUCAUCCUACAAAGCCCAUUCUAGACAUGAGCGCUUACUCCUUCAUGAGGCAAAGGAAAGGCAGAAGGCCGUCCUGUUGGGAUUCUAUAAAGGCUGUCCUGUUUGACAGUUGUCCAUUUUUUUGCCGCCGCCACCAGCUUUUUGAAUCCACUCCUUUUUCUCAGCUAAUCAACAUUGUGAUCAAUCAUCUGUUUAGCAUAGGGCCUAACAUAUUUUAAACGCCGAGUAAGACAAACAUCUUGAAUCAGACAAAAAACGUGACUGUUGUUUGAGCAUUUUCUUUUACAGCAUCUUCUUUCCAAGUAUGAAGGUCUACUAUGUAAUGAAACAAUGUCAAUAACUCAAACUGCUGUUAAAACUGUCAUGACUUAUAUUCUGAGUAUAGUACACAGAUGCUAACUUGUGUGUUGUUUUUGUUAACACUCAUUGAACGUGAAAUAAAAAGAUAGACACCAACGUU